CGAGGGAGCCUGUGGCGGCGGCGGCGGCGGCGGCGGCGGGGCCACCACAGGGCCGAGCGGGCGGGACGCGCGCGGCAGCAGCGCUCCGAAGCAGCCCCUCGCCGAGCCCGCGGCCAUGGAGAAGGCGCGGCCGCUGUGGGCCAACCCGCUGCAGUUCGUCUUUGCCUGCAUCUCGUACGCCGUGGGCCUGGGCAACGUGUGGCGCUUCCCCUACCUGUGCCAGAUGUACGGCGGAGGUAGUUUCCUGGUGCCCUACAUCAUCAUGCUUGUUGUAGAGGGCAUGCCCCUCCUGUACCUGGAGCUGGCAGUGGGCCAGCGCAUGCGGCAGGGCAGCAUCGGUGCCUGGAGGACCAUCAGCCCCUACCUUGGUGGUGUUGGCCUCGCCAGCGUGGUGGUGUCUUUCUUCCUCUCCAUGUACUACAAUAUCAUCAACGCCUGGGCCUUCUGGUACCUCUUCCACUCCUUCCAGGAUCCCCUGCCGUGGUCCGUGUGCCCGCUGAACGGCAACCGCACAGGCUACGACGAGGAGUGCGAGAAGGCGACCUCGACACAGUACUUCUGGUACCGGAAGACCCUCAACAUCUCGCCGUCCAUCCAGGACAGCGGGGGCGUGCAGUGGGAGCAGGGGCUCUGCCUCCUCCUGGCCUGGCUGGUGGUGUACCUCUGCAUCCUGCGGGGCACCGAGUCCACCGGCAAGGUGGUGUAUUUUACCGCGCUGCUGCCCUACUGUGUGCUCAUCAUCUACCUGGUCAGGGGCCUCACGCUCCACGGAGCCACCAACGGCCUGGCGUACAUGUUCACGCCCAAGUUGGAGCAGCUGGCCAACCCCAAGGCCUGGAUCAACGCGGCCACCCAGAUCUUCUUCUCCCUGGGCCUGGGCUUCGGCAGCCUGAUCGCCUUUGCCAGCUACAACCAGCCCUCCACCAACUGCCAGAAGCACGCCAUCAUCGUGUCCCUCAUCAACAGCUCGACCUCCAUCUUUGCCAGCGUCGUGACCUUCUCCAUCUACGGCUUCAAGGCCACCUUCAACUACGAGAGCUGCUUGAACAAGGUGAUUCUGCUGCUGACCAACUCCUUUGACCUUGAAGAUGGCUUUCUGACAGCCAGCAACCUGGAGCAGGUGAAGGGCUACCUAGCCUCGGCCUUCCCCGGCAAAUACAGCGAGGUGCUCCCAGAAAUUAGGAACUGCAGCUUGGAAUCAGAGCUGGCCACGGCGGUCCAGGGCACUGGCCUGUCCUUCAUCGUCUACACCGAGGCCAUUAAGAACAUGGCGGCAUCCCAGCUGUGGUCGGUCCUCUAUUUCUUCAUGUUGUUGAUGCUGGGCAUCGGGAGCAUGCUGGGGAACACGGCGGCCAUCCUCACGCCCCUGACCGACAGCGAGGUCAUCUCCAGCCACCUGCCCAAGGAGGCCAUCUCCGGUCUGGUGUGCCUCGUCAACUGCGUCAUCGGCUUGGUGUUCACCAUGGAGGCCGGCAACUACUGGUUCGACAUAUUCAACGACUACGCUGCCACGCUGCCCCUGCUGCUCAUAGUCCUGGUGGAGAUCGUCGCCGUGUGUUACGUGUUCGGGCUGAGGCGAUUUGAAAGUGACCUCAAGGCCAUGACUGGCCGCACCCUGAACUGGUACUGGAAGGCCAUGUGGGCCGGCGUGAGCCCGCUCCUCAUCAUCAGCCUCUUUGUCUUCUACCUGAGUGACUACAUCCUCACGGGGACGCUGCAAUACCAAGCCUGGGAUGCUUCCCAGGGUCAGCUUGUGACCAAGGAUUACCCCCUCUACGCACUGGCCAUCAUCGGCCUGCUCGUGGCCUCUUCCACCAUGUGUAUCCCCCUGGUGGCCCUGGGGACCUUCAUCGUGCGCUGCCUCAAGAGGGGAGACACGCCCCCCGUGGCCUGAGGACUGGGCUUCCCAGAGACUCCGGUCCGCCGCUCGCUGUUCUGCGGCUGUAUUUAUAAGUGGAAUCUCCCUGGCUGCCUUUAAACAUAUUUACUCCAGAAAUACUCAACCCGUCAUCUUCCUGAGCCCAUCAAGAAGAAUUAGGAGGGUGUGGAGGAAGGGCCCUCGGGAGGACCCACACCCAUCCACGGAGCGGCCCCUGCUCCCCUCUGCCUGCCCCCACGGUCGCACCGAGCUGGCUCCUUUCCGCCAAAGACACGGGCUUUUCAAGGCCAGUCUUGAAGACCAUUGCUUUCUCGAUUCUAGAGAAGCCCCAGAAUCCGGGCACACCGUGGGCUGAAAUUCGACUAUAAUUUUUAUGGGAUAAAAUUUAAGCAAUUUUUUUCCCCCUGAAGAAAUCCCAACAUAACAGAGGGCAGGUGCUUUUAGAUCAGGGUGAAGAGAGGUUUUUUAAGUGCCCUGAGAUGAGCCAUCUGAAUGUCACUGGUGCAAAAUCAGUUCUCUUUUUUCAGUCAUACUGAAUACGCCAAGACUGUGUUUCUCACUGAGAGGACUGGCUGGCCACGAAGAAGGGAGGCCUUUGUUUGGGGUCGCUCCUGUGAUCUGAGGUCUCUCACAGCGGGUCGAGGACCCGUCACCCCAACCACAGGAUGCGACCCCAAAGCCCCGGGCAUGGUCCCGUGAGCAGUCCGUGCAGCCGGCCCCUGCCCCAGUGCCUUACGCGUUAGGAAAGGUGCCAGAGCCACUUUGAGGGUGAAAGUAAAUCUAACGUUCCCACAGAUGACGUUAUACCUGAACACGGUGGCCAACUCUUUAUAGCAAAGACCACGAGCAUCGCUUACAAUCGAUUUUAAAAUAUUUGUACAUUUUUUAAAGUUUAUCCAUUUAUUUUUAGAGAGAAAGAGAGAGAACAUGAGCAGGGGAGGGGCAGAGAGAGAGGGAGAGAAAGAAUCCCAAGCAGCCUCCACACUGUCAGCACAGAGACCGAUGCGGGGCCCGAACCCUCGGAACCGUGGGAUCAUGACCUGAGCCACAACCAAGAGUCAGAUGCUUAACCGACUGAGCCACCCAGGCGCCCCUGUACAGAAGUUUUCUAAAGCGUAUAUGUAACUCAAACAGAGCAUCUUGUAACUGGAGGCACUGUAUUUAUGAUGCAGCAUUAGUCUACUAGGCGAGUGUCUCCUGUCUUUUUUCACGGCAAUCAGCAGGUCAAGGUUAUUCCUGAGGGGGGAGGGGCCCCCCCCAAACCUUCUGUGCUUCACUGACAUACAGAAUUCACGACUUUCUUUGGGUAAGAUUUGUACAGACAUCUUCGAAGACACUGAAACACUCCCCUGGGACGUCGGCUGGAGUGUUUUGUUCUGUUUUGACUUCUUUUUCGUGUAUUUAUAAAUGCCCAAAUAACAGAAAUAGGCAUCCGAAAGGUCUUCUGCUUUUACAAGCCGUCUUGUCACUGCUUCCCCGUUUCACCCGAUGGCCACUUAUGACGAGGUCAUCACUAGCCUUCAAAAUGCACCAGCAUUUAUCAAGCACAAGUACUCAGCCUUCGGACUUCUCAGCAGAGGGUCUAGCGUUGAAAAACUGUAGAUGUCAAGGCUUGAAGAGUAGGUGCACUCAGUGGCAAACACACUGCCCUCCGUUCCUGAAUCCUUGUGGAGCGGGUCCCCCUCGGGCCCCAGUCAUGGUCACGGUCUUACAACAUGGGCCGCCCCUCCUGGGGUCCGUCAUCAGCAGGGUGUCUCAGCCCCAACUGCCAAGGAUCCUCAGGACCGUGGAGACGAAUGUCCUAAAUCAUUCCUUUAUUCUGUGUUUCCACACCUCGCCUCCCAUUCGAACAGCCUGUGAGCAUGUAAAACUCCCAACGCCCCACCCGGGCCACACCCGGAGGACCAGGGCUCCAUGAUGUGUUACACAGGUAGGAACACUUACGUCCAAAGUGACCUUUAGGGGCGCCUGCGUGGCUCAGUCGCUUAAGCGUCCGACUUCACCUCAGGUCACGAUCUCACAGUUCGUGAGUUCCAGCCCCGCGUCGGGCUCUGGGCGCUGACGGCUCGGAGCGUGGAGCCUGCUUCGGAUUCUGUGUCUCCCUCUCUUUCCGCCCCUCCCCCACUCACACCCUUCCU